AUGGCACAAAUGCCAUGUUGCAUGUUGCGUAUAAAAACGACACCCCUGAUGGAGCAUGAAGAGGAUGUGACCAUCCACUUGACCUUGACCUUUUGUGAGGUGCGUGCAGAAGUGAAGAAGGCUUGGCAGCAGUACCAGUUGAAGAGGAAAGGUAACUUCCGGUGCUCACAAACAGAACACGUCUACCUGGAUCAAUUCGGCGCAGUAGGUCGCCUCAAGACGAACAACGGAGGGCUUCAACUGAGCAGCAAAACCAACGGCAUCAACGCCAGCAACAAUAACAACACUUUAAACAGUAACUACAGCAUUUGCAAAGACACGAGUGACCACAAGUUAAAUCAGUACUCACCUUUGAAGUCCCCUUUAUAA